UGACACAGUGACCGUUUUAGCGGUCGAGGGCUCAGGCCAUGCGCCACUUCAAUAUAUCUAUAACUGUCGUCGUCAUCGUAUACCUACUUGUCGUGACGCUCCCGGCGAAGAUGCCGCCAACCGAAGUUCGUCCGAGACACGAUCUCAAUUUCGCCGAAACUGUUUACGCCAAACUUUCCGGUGCAUGUAGAGCAUUAAUGGACCUUCAAUAUAACUCGCUAAGUGAUCAAAACGACUUAAUAAAGACAAUGAAAAUUAUAUACCUGGAUGGUAACGACAUGAAAACCUACCCCAUCGACGCCGCAUAUGUCGCACUCACGAAGCCAGCUAAUUUUGAUAUAUCAAAGCAAACAAAGAUUGUAAUUCACGGCUAUAAGGACAACUCACAGUCGGCAGUGCCUCUGGCCUUAGCUCAAGCAUACAAUGAGAAGAAAAUGUUCAACGUUUUGCUAGUCGACGCGGAGGAAAUGAUUAACAAAUGGUACAUCCUCUCCGUUCAUAACGCGCGGCUGGUUGGAAAACGAUUAGCAAACCUACUUGCAAACUUAGAAAAUUUUGGAGCGAACGCUGAAGAUUUUCACUUACUCGGCAUAAGUCUGGGUGCACACAUCGCCGGGUGGGCUGGUAAAUACUUCCGACAGUACAAAGGACACAACUUGGGCCGCAUCACGGGCCUGGAUCCGGCGGGACCCUGCUUUUCAUACGGGCACAGCGAUCAAAGACUGGAUAAAACGGAUGCUAAUUAUGUGGAUGUGGUUCAUUCGAACAGAUUAAUUCAAGGAGCAAUUGAGCCUCUGGGUCAUUCAGACUUUUACAUCAAUGGCGGAGGACCGACUCAGCCAGGAUGUUUCAUGCCUUCCUGCAGUCACUUGCGAGCUGCUGAAGUGUAUAUAGAAAGCGUAAGAAACCCGAAAUCUUUUGUGGGUGUCCAGUGUGAGAAUUGGGAGCAAUUUAAGAAAAACCAGUGUGUUGAUAAGGACUAUGCAGUGCUGGGAUACGGCUCGUCGAGCGCGACCAGAGGGCUCUACUACUUGAGAACCUCGUCACACUCGCCAUUCGGCCUUGGAAUGAAAGGAGCAAAAUCUGUGAAUUCAAAAGUUGAUCCUUGGUUAGAAAGCCUUAAUAUCACUUAAUUGGCUAUUUCAAAGAAUAUUUCGUAUAAU